AUUUCCUGGAUAGUGGCGCUGUACGUGGACGAUAGUCAGUAGUGUAACGCGUCGUCAUCCAGCGGAUCCAGCGUUCCAGACGUUCCAGACGUUCAGAACUACCUGCGAUCGUGUGCUGAACGAUGAAAGUGACUACGAGUACGACGGGUGAGAGCCAGGAAGAUAAAAUUCAGGCGAUUCUUCAGAGUCUUAGAACACAAAUAGACCGAUACAAUCUCGUUGAUGAAGAUGCGAGGUCGAAAGGGGAUUUAUUGAGAAGCGAGAGGAUCGAGCAAUUGAUGUUGGAAGAGAGGCGUUUGUCGGAGGCAAACCAAACGAUCAGGAAACAAUUGAAACAUUAUGAAAAGAUGUACGAAAAGGCGUUGAAGAAGAAGGUAAAAGCGUUGAAGAUGCAUCUCGAGGAUGGCCAACAGAAAUUGGAGGUUAUGAAACA